AUCAAUUUAUGUUGUAGUGGUAGCCUGCAGCUCGGCGUGCACUUUGGAAAACGUGUCCUUUGCAUUAGCGUCGUGUAGUUUUGCUAUCAAAGUAGCAGUAGAUACGGCCUGUUGCGAUGUCUCCAGUGGCUGAUUUUCUCAUUGGGGUGUUGGUUGUCUGUGUGUUGGCAAGUGGAAGAUGCGCCGACCUUCCCACUGGAACCUUUGGUGUGGACUGUCUGGAUCGGUACUUCCGGCUAGGGUUUGACACCACAUUCACAGGGGAAGACAUCCGCUUUGAGGCUGUUGAUGAUACGGGGGUCCAUCCAAUCACCGAGCAGUAUGCAGCGGAGUGCGGCUACAGCGUCAAUGUGCGGCCUCACCUGGGCUUGGCUGAGCUCCGGGCAUCCUACUUCUCCUGUACCGCUCUCAAUGAGGACGAUGAAACAUUCACGUUUAGCUUCAACAUGAUCGUAACGCAAGACGGCGUGGAGGAGACCUACGAUGUGAAUAAGACGUGUACACCCGCACUGCCCUGGUCUUCCAGAGAGCUCAACUGUGAAGUCAACUACAUGGAACUAACCAUGAGGAAGGACAUGCACUUUCCGGGUACUAAAGGUGCUCAUUGGACUUCUGCUGUAGAUGGUGCGUACGGUUUGGCUCACGACGAUUGGCAAGUACUGUUUCAGAAGGGGGACCAGCAGUUUAGUCCAAUCACGUUGUCCACUGCAGAGGAAAACGGAUACAUGAUUAGCAUGACUCAAGGGAGAUGCGUCUUCCGUACGCCGUAUGGACAGCCUGACUCUACCGUUACCCUUGUCGACGGUGUGACUGUGGACACCGUGCACGCGACACUGUUCACCAGGAAAGGUUGGACCGUUCUCGUCGUAGACUGGCUUGCUGCCUGCCCAAUGAGCGACGGGUUCUACAACGACGGCAGCCUGGUGUGGGUGAACCCCCUGGAGACUGGCGAGACUGACCAGCAGAGCCAACGACUCCGCAUCGGCGCCAAUGGCCAGCUCCUGGAGCCAGCUGACGCCGCGGCGAGGGGCUACAACAUGGAGGUGUUUGGGUCUCGGGUCCAGGUCACCAUCCCUUUUGAUGCCGUAGGAGGCUACAAGAAGAGCUUUGUGCAGCAAAACAUCUACAGCGAGUACUACCUCUUCAAUAUGUACUUUGAGAAUCAGUUCAUUGACGUGAAUCAGAUGGACACCAGACUGCGUCAGUACAGGCCGCUUGUUUCACCACUUCUGUCAUGGCCCAACAUCUGCAUAAACCAAACUGUGUCGGAGCAUACUUUCACCGUCUGCAUUGGAGUAUUUGCCGAAGAUGUACAGUUGACUGCCUUGAUGUUGACUGGCAGGGAGUAUAUUGGUGAUGUUAUGAAUGCCAACAUCUCAGAGGUUUUUCAUCCUAAUUCCACCCAUGGUUACACUCUGGGGAUGCCCUUCAACCACCCUAUUGUCCCCAUGGAGCUCUCUGAGGAGGGAAUUCUGCAAUACACUUUGGACAUGAACUUCACACUCAUUAUGCCUGCGAUGGUGGAAUCCUUUUAUCACCAUGCCACAGUUGUGGCAGUGUUUAAAGAUGUCUUUCCCCCGAUCUUUGAGGCUCACUGCUAUGAGAAGGGCAUCAGCUUUAAGCUGGACUUGGGGCCCUUUGCCUAUCUGUGGGCAGUCUAUGCUGGCCCUUACCCACUGACGGAGGUGUUUGCUAUGGAGCAAGGGUACCACCUGACUAACACCAGUGAGGGUCAGAUGCUGAAUAUGCCGUUUUCCACUGGCUACAUCUAUAAGAACAUUGGCAUGAAGACUUUUGAAGCCACCUUCGAGAUUCUUGUACGUGGCUUGAAGUCCUUGAAAGCGAAAGGCACCACCGUCAAAACUUGUCCGUUUGCCACAACUGAACUGAUCGUAUGUUCCCCAAAAGGACAGGUGACCAUAGUGGCAAACAUGUCUGCCAUCCCUAGUGCUGGGGACCCCUACAGGAUUUCACUCCUGAACAGAACCUGUGGUGCCAAAGAAAGCGACAAAUCGUCGGCCCUGUUCACGUUUGGGGUCCAAACCUGCGGAACGAAGGUUAAGCUUACAAAUGAUUUCGUCGUCUACGAAAACGAGGUAGUCUUCGAGCCAAAGAUCCUCACUGAGAAAGGACCCCCACGUCUGGCCAUGGAAGCUCCUGAAAGGAUCACUGUGCAGUGUGCCUAUCACUUGUCUGGCCUCUAUCGCCUGUUCCAACUUCACAAGUUUUUAUCUGACUAUGCGGGUGUUGGCAGCAUUCGACAUGACCCGCACUUUGUCCAACAGAAAAUGGCGUUCGAUGGCAAUGAUCCCGCCGCAGCCCCCCUGCUUAAUGUGAGCAGUGCAGAAGAAAUGACGGCUGAUAAGCCAACGAAAUACAGCAAAGUGGUCUAUUUCCUGAAGGACUUGUUGAUGGCUAGCCUUCACCCCUGAGAAGGCAAUGCUCAAGCCUAGGCUCUAGUUUUACGAUAACCAAAUGCUUGUUUAGUUUCACAGAUGUUAAAAGGAUACCGUUUGCUCAAUAAAAGCUUUUUCUACUAAA